AUGGCCUCGACGAAGCGGCGUGGCUGUUACUUCUUGGCGGCGGGGUUCAUCCUGGCCGCCGCGGCGGUGGUGCUGGUGGUGGCCCUCCUGACCCGGCCCGGGUGUGCACCGCCGAGGUAUUCGCGCGCAGCCGUGGCCGCCGACACCAGAACCUGCUCGGACGUCGGAAGAGAUAUCUUGCAGCAUGGAGGCUCAGCUGUUGAUGCGGCCAUUGCUGCCUUGAUCUGCACCUCUGUCCUGAACCCCCAGAGCAUGGGAUUAGGGGGAGGUGUCAUCUUUACCAUCUUUAAUGCAUCCACAGGAAAGGUGGAGGUGAUUAAUGCGCGUGAGAGAGCCCCACAAGCCAUUUCGAGCGAUUUGCUGGAUCAGUGUCGACCCAGUUUCAUGCCAGGAGCCCAGUGGAUUGCAGUUCCUGGGGAACUUCGUGGGUACGAAGAAGCUCACAAGCGCUACGGAAAAUUGCCAUGGAAGACACUGUUUAAACCCACUAUCAAGCUCCUUGAGUCUGGAAUCAAGAUACCAAAGAUUCUGAGUUUAUUUCUCACCUACCAGCCCUUACAGGGACCUUUGAAAAACUCUUCUUUAGGCAAACUGUUUUUUAAUGAAGGUAAUAUCAUGCAAGAAGGACAGACCCUUCAAUGGCCAGCACUAAUAAAAACUCUGAAAGCAGUGGCAGAAAAUGGAGCUGAGGAAUUUUAUACAGGGAAGACAGCAGAGAUGUUGGUAAAAGAUGUGAAGAAAGAAGAUGGCAUUUUGACAAUGGAUGAUCUCAAGGAUUAUCAGGCUGAAGUUGUGAAACCCUUGAAUAUUUCACUGGGUGAAUACAUCGUGUAUUCUGCCCCCCGACCCGCUGCAGGGCCCAUUCUCUUCUUCAUCCUUAACAUGCUGAAAGGAUUCAACUUCACCAAGGCGACCAUGAAUACACCCAGUGAGAAGGCUGAGGCUUACCACUAUAUUGCGGAGACUCUGAAGUUUGCUAAUGGCCAGAAAACAAAAGUGGAAGAUCCUACAUUUUCCCAUAUAAAGGAGGAUGUUAUUAGUGAGCUGAUAUCGGAUUCCUUUGCUAACCGUGUCAGGGCGCAAAUCGACGAGAGAGGGGACCAUGCUGCCACCCAUUACAACCUCACCCAAGCAGGAACAAUGGGUUUUGGCACCUCUCAUGUUUCUGUCCUUGCUGAAGAUGGCAGCGCUGUUUCAGUCACCAGCACCAUCAACCACCCGUUUGGCUCAAUGGUGUAUUCUCAGAGCACUGGGAUCAUUUUAAAUAAUGAGCUUGCUGACUUCUGCAUGAAACGAUUGAGCAAAGAGAUCUCUGCAGGAGAGAUGCCUCCCUCUUCCAUGUCACCAGCCAUCCUCAUUUCCAGCAAGGGGCAGUCCAAGCUGGUGAUUGGCGGCUCCGGUGGGACCCUCAUCACCCCUGCUGUAGCCCUGGCUAUCGCGAACAAGCUGUUGUUCGGCUAUGAGCUGGAUGACGCCAUCCAGGCAUCUAUUCUCUAUGCUGACGAGAGCAACUCAAUCAAAGCUGAGCAGCACUUCAAUAAGGAUGUUCUAAAGGCACUGCAAGAAAAGGGACACAAAAUCUUUGUUGAAAACAGGACACUGAAUGUGGUGCAAGGGAUUUCCAAGGAAGGCCACUGCAGUUUUGCUUACUCUGAUCUGAGGAAGCAGGGGGAAGCAUCAGGCUAUUAGCCCUGCCAGAGUAAAGAAACUGUGGAAUGUCA